GCGCAAAUGUACAUUUUAAUUCAGUAUCCUACGAUCUGCGUUUGACGUCGUACGUGUUUCACGCACUAUUUUCGUAACUCGCGAUUAUAGAUUUUCCAAUAUUGAAAUUGAAAACAGAUUGAGAUAUAAGUGAAGUAUGAAUAAUUCACAUGUUUCUGAGGAUUGGGCUAGGGCUCCGCCACCUUCUGGCCCUGUGUGGGAAACGAUCGCCAAGGUUUUGUACAACCCUGAGGAUAGCAGCAUCUUAGGGCGCACGCCUAAGCGAUGGGGUAUAGUGUUGACUUUCUAUCUGGUGUUCUACGCAGUAUUGGCGGCCAUGUUUGCUGCCUGCAUGGGGGGAUUGUACUACACCCUGGACCCCACCAAACCGAGCUUCACACUGCAUCAGUCACUUAUCGGGAUUAACCCUGGGAUGUCGUUCAGACCGUCGCCCCUAGCCGACGUCGAGAUCCGGCCGGGAGCCGGCAAUUCUACAGCCAUCUACAUAAACGAACUUCAACAGUAUCUUAGUAAACCAUUAGCGAGCUGGAUUCCAUUAGACACAAAGAAAUGUAUUACUGAAGAUAAUUUCGGGUUCCCAAGAUCACCGUGCAUUUUUGUCAAAUUAAAUAAGAUUUUCGACUGGGUCCCGGAGUACUACGACGCGAGCCAGUUGCCGGAGGACAUGCCUGAUGAUCUGAGAAAGCACAUAAAAGGCCUCGACCCACUUGAGCCGGCGAGUGUGUGGGUGUCGUGUGCAGAUGAGGCCCAGGCUGACGGAACCCUUCCCGGAACUGUGUUCGAAUAUCCCUGGGGACGGGGUCUCUUGGGAAUAUUCCCGUACAGGAAGCAGGAGAACGAUUUUGGAGCAUUUUUGCCUGUUGCGAUCACACCACCAGUAAACAAAGAAGUCUACAUCAGGUGCAGAGCCUGGGCAAAGAAUAUAAUCUACAAGAAGAGUCUAAAAGAACCUUCAGGAUACACGAGGUUCCGGCUAUUCGUCAAAGCAGAUGAAACUACAGAAUCAACUACCGUUGCAUCUGAAUGAAUACUAUGAUACUUACACAGCAUCAGUAUUCUAAAUACGGAAUUAGGCAGCCACAUUCACGUAGUCGAAAUCGUUUACAUGACCUAGAACCUGUCAAAAUUAUUAAAGAUAAUUUACGAGUAGGUAUAUACUCAUAAAAAAGAGAGAUUUAAUUAAUGAAUUAAAAAAGCUAAAACUUGUCAACAGUUAUAUCUGUUGACCUAAUGACACCAACAUCUAGUAACAUUAUUUUUUUUUAAAUUUGAUUAAAUAGUGAGACGUAGUAUGUAAGUUUAUUUAUUUUAAUGAAUUAGUAUAUAAUGAGAAGUUGUUGAUCCAUCUUCCUUUCCUCUCCAUGAAGGCACAGCUUUUUGUUAUCAUGCCCGUCCGUUAUCUGGAGUUCCUGGGUUCGAUUCCCAACGCGGGCUAAUAUAUAUACUUUUGAACACGCAUUUGUCUGUGAUUCCGGGUGUGUUGUGCCAUUGUGCUUGUAUCUACCAGUGGGCAUAUUCACUUCUUCUUUCACCAUCGAAUCUAUUCGAAAUGUGACGCAGCGAACCAAUGACAUUGCAGUGUGGUUGUCGUUGCGUCACAAUGGCGCAAUGUGAUUGGUUCGCUGUGUCUCAUUUCGAAUCGAUUCGAUGGUAAGAAGUGAAAUGCUACUUUUGACGACCUCGGUUGCGCAGUGGUAAGGUUCUUGCCGCUGAACCGAGAGGUCCCGGGUUCGAUCCCCGGUCGGGUCAUGAUGGAAAAUGAUCUUUUUCUGAUUGGCCCGGGUCUUGGAUGUUUAUCUAUAUAUGUAUUUGUUAUGAAAUAUAGUAUCGUUGAGUUAGUAUCCCAUAACACAAGUCUCGAACUUACUUUGGGGCUAGCUCAAUCUGUGUGAUUUGUCCUAAUAUAUAUGUAUUUAUGUAUAACCCGCACUUCGCCCACAGAUUCGUGAUAGCUUAGUGUGAGCCGUUUUUGUUCGUCAAAAAUCUUCCAUGUUGAUGAUUUCCCAAGUUGUAUAUUACAAUAUAUAUGUAUAUAUACAAAGUUUGAAUUAGAAGACAAUACGUUAAAUCAAAUGUAAAAAUACAAAGCCAUACAUUAAUGUAAAUAUUAUUGUUUUAAUUAGUAUAGUUUUAAGUACAAAUUAAAAUUAAAAUACUAUUAACAGCUGU